AUGCUUUCUUUAUUAUCACUUUUACUUGCCUCUGGAACAGUUCUUCGUGCCGAUACAGAACGGUGGACGCCUCUCAAUUACCCAAAUCCAAGGAAAAAUUAUACUGCUUGUAAUACAAAGGAAAAUUCCACACUUUGUGAUCCAGAUCAUAUUUUAACUGAUCAAUGGAGAGCCGAAAUCAAUCAGAAUAUUCAAAAACAAAUGGAUAGACUAACCGAGGCAAAUGUUCCUUUAUCCGAGAAAGCACCUGUUGAAUGCAUUAACCGUACAGAAGGUGUUCUUGUUUAUGUUUUGCUAGCAAAGAGGAUUUGGACACCAAACAAUCAAAGCAUUACUGGAAAUGAUUUGACCAAAUUUGGGGAUGAUUUGGCUAAACAAUACGGGUUAAAUGAUUUACCUUGCCAAACUUUUGUGUUUCUUAUUGGAAUUGAGGCUGCCAAAUUGGCAUAUGUUCGGGAUUUGCGUUUACCGGCCGACCUUAUGCAAAGAGUAUUUCAUGAAUAUAAACUCUUCAAUGCCAAAAACUUUAUGGCUGGGCUUAACAAAAUUGUUGAUGAAAUUGGUCGCCAAAUGAGCGAUCCUUUUAAAGUAUUUUUAUUAUGA